GAAGGACACAAAACGGAAGAGUGUUUGUUAAUACCGCCUCGAAUAAACGCCUGGUGAGCAAGAUGGCAGAGUAUUUGGCAUCCAUUUUUGGAACAGAGAAAGAUAAAGUCAACUGCUCUUUUUAUUUUAAAAUUGGUGCCUGCCGACAUGGAGACCGCUGCUCCAGAUUACACAACAAGCCAACUUUUAGCCAGACGAUUGCCCUUCUGAAUAUUUACCGGAACCCGCAGAACAGUGCCCAGUCUGCAGAUGGUCUGACCUGUACCGUCAGUGACAUGGAGAUGCAGGAGCACUACGAUGAAUUUUUUGAGGAGGUCUUCACAGAGAUGGAAGAAAAAUACGGAGAAGUGGAGGAAAUGAACGUCUGUGACAACCUUGGAGACCACCUUGUGGGCAAUGUUUACGUGAAGUUUCGUUAUGAAGAGGAUGCUGAAAAGGCUGUGAUAGACCUGAAUAAUCGGUGGUUUAAUGGCCAGCCCAUCCAUGCCGAGCUCUCUCCGGUCACAGACUUCAGAGAAGCCUGCUGUCGCCAGUAUGAGAUGGGGGAAUGCACUCGUGGUGGCUUCUGCAACUUCAUGCACCUGAAGCCCAUCUCACGUGAGCUGAGAAGAGAGCUCUACGGGCGUCGCAGGAAGGGCCGCCACAGGUCUCGGUCUCGCUCAAGAGACAGGCGAUCUCGCUCGAGGGACAGAGGCCGAGGGGGCCAUGAGAGGGGCCACGAGAGACGCCGCUCCAGAGACAGAGAGCGUUCAGGGCGAUUCUGAGCCUCAAGCUAUGACUACUCAUCCCUCCCUUCCUCAUCUUUUUUUGUUUUAAGUUUGUACCCUCCCAGAUUGUUCUAGAAAUAACUGAAAGGUACCCAGUUUUUAAGCUGUGACAGCAUUGAGGAACUUUUUUUUUUUUCUGAAAAUGACUUUUGCUUCAUUAAAUUGAACAUUUUUACUUAA